AAAGCCCUAAAGCCCACUUCAAUAACCUCCCUAUUCUCAUCUCUCUCUCACUCCCAUCCUCCGGCGACUCCCCUCUGCCACUUCCUCCUCCGCCGUCGCCGUCGCCGACUCUGAAUCUAGUUACCGCAGGUGUGGCUGCCUUCAAGUUCAACGAUUUCGUUCAGUGCUUCGUUGAGCUUGUUGGCCAUGGCUUCUCUUUCUUCGAAGACUAAGAAGCAGAAGAGCGAGAAGCCUCUUUUGCCUAAGACGAAGAAGCUGAAGAGAGAGAAGCGCAGUCUAUCAGAUUUGAAAACCUUAGGAGAGCAGUUGCUAACCUCUAGAGCCCACAUCAAUAACCUCCCUAUUCUCCUCACCUUCAUCACCCCCGAUUCUCCUCCGCAGUACGCCCUCGAAUCUCUUCUCUCACUUCAGUCCUUCUUCACUCCCAUUCUCCCGCAACUCCCCUCCUCCACUUCCUCCGCAUGCGCGAACCCGGACGCCGACCCCGAGUUUAUUUACCGUACGUGGUUGCGCUCCAAGUUCGACGAUUUCCUUCAGUGCCUUGUUGAUCUUGUCGUCUCCUCGCAACCCGAGGAUGCUCUUCGGGAAGUUGUGCUCGACACCAUAAUGGAGUUUGUGAAAGUGGGCAACGCGGGCAAGUUUCAUUCAGCUAUUUAUCACAAACUUCUCCGUGCUAUUGUUCACUCUGAAUUGGGGGCUGAUGACAUUCUUCUGGAUUUACUUGCAACAAAGUAUUUCAGUUACACUGAUAUUUGUUACUUUACUUUUAUUAGCCUGGAGAAGCAGGCGCGGACUUUGGAAGGAGAAGAAGACAGAAAUCUAACUCCAGAUUUUGAGGACAGUAUCCAAUCAAGACUAAGCAUGGAGCUUUCCAUUCAGAAGAUGCAUAAUUUACUAUCUCAUAUCCCACCAAUGGAAGCUUCAGAGGAAAAGUUAAAAAUGUGGAAUGCUUUGGGAAUUUUCGUAGAGAAAAGCAAUAAGAAAGAACAUAUUGACCUGGAAGAUAAACAGGGCAAGUCUCAAAAGUCUAAUGACAAGGUUUUAUCAUCUCGAGGCAUUGCAAAGAGAAUGAAACAGAAGUUUACUAAAGCAUGGAUAUCGUUCCUCAGAUUGCCUCUUCCUCUUAAUGUAUACAAGGAGGUUCUUGUUACACUUCAUCAGGCUGUUAUUCCUUAUCUCUCUAACCCGAUCAUGCUCAGUGAUUUCUUGACUCGAUCCUAUGACAUUGGUGGCGUUGUCAGUGUUAUGGCACUUAGCAGCCUAUAUAUUCUCAUGACACAACAUGGUCUUGAAUAUCCAGACUUCUAUAAUAAACUUUAUGCUCUAUUGGAACCCUCUAUAUUUAUGGCAAAACAUCGGGCAAAAUUCUUCCAGUUGCUGGACUCAUGCUUGAAAUCUUCACUCCUUCCAGCGUAUCUAGCUGCUGCGUUUUGUAAGAAAUUAAGCAGACUUGCACUCUUUGUCCCUCCUUCAGGGGCGCUAGUUAUUAUUGCCUUGGUUCACAACCUUCUACAGAGACAUCCUUCAAUUAAUUGUUUGGUGCACCGGGAAGGUGGUACUGGAACCACUACGGGAACUUCUGAUGAAGAAAAGGACAGUUUUGACAAUGCUGAAGAUGGCAGUGUUAACAGAGAUUUGUUUGAGAAGGCAGGAGUUGAUCAUUUCAACAACGAGGAAAGUGAUCCUAAAAAUACUAAUUCCAUGAGGAGCUCUCUCUGGGAGAUUGACACUCUUCGCCAUCAUUACUGUCCUCCUGUUUCAAGAUUUGUUUUGUCUCUAGAGAAUGAUUUGGCUGUCAGGGGUAAAACUGCUGAAAUUGUAGUUAAAGAUUUUAGUUCGGGUUCUUAUGCAACAAUUUUCAAUGAUGAGAUUAGAAGAAGGGUGAAACAGGUCCCGUUGGCAUUCUACAAAGCAACUCCCACAUGUUUGUUCUCAGAGUCCGAGUUUCCUGGUUGGACCUUCAAAUUCGAGGAUGUAAAUGGUAUCGAAGAAACAACUGGUACGACUUGAUGACCGUCUACACGUGAAAGCACAGAAACGAAUAGAUUGAUGAUGUGAGGCCUAGAUUUUAUCAUUAAGCAGCAAGAAGAGAAAUGUAUACUUUUAUUUGGUGACAUUACACAAUCAAAUAUUCUUUUGGCAUGUAUGUAUCUUCCAUGCUCGAGUACAAUAGGGAAGUGGAAGUUGUAGUAUUGGAGGAACUGCAAAUCUUACAAGUUCCUCCACCUGAUACUGAAAAGAGGGUUUGCUCUUUACAUAUUAAGAAUUUAUUUGAGUUCAUAUCCACAUUUAUGUA